AAAAUACGACGCCGUAUCGUUUGGUGUGGAUUAAAUUCUUUUAUAUAGCUUUGCUUACCGUAUAGAAACUAGGGUUUUGGUUUCCUUUUUAUUUGAAGCUUCAAUCUACUGCGGCCUCUCUCUCUUUCUUCAGCCUCCAAACCCUAAGGUAGUUUGAAAGACAAGGAGCACGAAAAUGGUUGAGAAGACCAAGGGUAGGAAGGAGGAGGUGGUCUCACGGGAGUACACCAUCAACCUCCACAAGCGCUUGCAUGGAUGCACCUUCAAGAAGAAGGCUCCCAAUGCCAUUAAGGAGAUCAGGAAGUUUGCACAGAAGGCAAUGGGAACCAAUGAUGUUAGAGUUGAUGUGAAGCUCAACAAGCAGAUUUGGAGCAGAGGGAUCAGGAGUGUCCCAAGAAGGAUUAGAGUUCGCAUUGCUCGCAAGAGAAAUGAUGAUGAAGAUGCCAAGGAAGAGCUCUACUCUCUCGUUACUGUUGCUGAGAUCCCAGCUGAAGGAUUGAAGGGCUUGGGCACCAAGGUCAUUGAAGAAGAUGAUUAGAUUAUUUGUCUUUUUUAAAGUAAACACAUUCUCUUAGGCAGUAAAAGAUUUACAUGAGCUUUUUGCCUUGCAUCAUGAAGACUGGCUCGUUUAUGUGUUUUGGUUUAUUGUGUUUUUAAUUAGAAUUUUGUUUGGUAAUUUACUCAGUUCUACUGUGUUUUCUGAGAAUUUUUUUGCGACACCUUCGACCAGUAAUCAAUCUGUCAUUGUUUUCCUGA